UCAGGAGGCAUCAGGCUCGGCUCUCCUUCCACUUUUUCUUCCUCUUUUUUUUCUCCCUGAAUUUCAUCUGAAAAGAAGCCGAGUCAUUGUAAGGUUUUGGGGGUUUUUUUGUAUUGUGGUUUUCUCAGCUCUGACACACAUUUUUCAUCAAGCCACUAACUAACGGCUCACUGCUCACUCUGAUUUCACCACUGACACAGCUAUACAUGGUGAUGACAGCUGACAGUCCAUUUGCAUCAGUGUCCAGUUGCUUCUAGAGAUCCAAGGAAAAACCAGCAGCAAAAAAAGAGAGGAAACCUUGAGCUCAAGUGGAAAAAUAUGGACUGAAGCCUCGACUGCUGCAUCAUCGUCUCGUUUUGUGUCUUAAAUGGUUGUAGCUGAAAGGAAAUCAUGUCAGCGAUAUACACCUGGACCUGUUUUCUGCUCUGGAUCGGCCUUGCCACACAGAACAAAACGCCAGAUGUCCAUGUGACGUGCAUCAUAUCGGAGGAGUGUAUCCUCCCCUGCAGCUUCAAACCGGGAUCAAAGGAGGUCAUCCAGUGGUUCAGACAGGAUGAGAUGGUCUACACCUUCCAACAUGGAGGGGGCAAGGAGAAAGAGGAGGAGGAGGGGGAUGACAGCGAAGACAACAGCAGCGAGGAGCAACCCGAGGCCAAACAGCUCCUCGGUCGUGCCUCCAUUUUCCCACACCUGGUAUCCCGCGGCAACGCCACCCUCAUCCUCAGGGACAGUGGUCCUAAAGACCGGGGCAAGUACAGGUGCCAUGUUCGCACGGCAGAGGGAGAGUACAACAUGAACGUCAUCGUGAAGAUGGAGGCCCCCAUCAGAGGCCUGAUUCUGCAGCUGUCCAGGCUCAGCGGCUAUGAGGAGAUGAAGUGCAUCGUCCGUAAUGUCUACCCGCCUCCUCGCAUCACCUGGGCGACGGAGCCACCAACCUUCGAGGACCUGCGUCCGGUUACUCGCAAACAGGCCGACAAACAUGGGCUGUACACGGUGGACAGCCGGCUGAGGAUGCUGAACGGGCAGCCGGACCUCAUCUACAUCUGUAAAGCCACGUCUUCAUACGGGGGUCCAGCCUGGACCGCUUCACUCCGGGAAAGAGAAAUCAGAGGACAUGAAGGGAAGGACCUGACGAUUCCCUGUUCUGCCCCGUCAUACCUGAACAACCCCGCCCUCCACUGGAGCUUCAUCAACAGUGAAGACCCCAGUCACAUCCUCACCUAUGACCUCCAGACAGGGCGCAGCAUCUCGUCCUCGCCUUGGGACAGACAUGUGGAGCUGGACGGCUUCAGGGUCCCGUUCGGAGAUGGCUCACUACGGCUCAUGGACCCCAACCACGAGGACCACACGGGGAGUUACGAAUGUGUGUUCUCGUCACCGUACAGCAAACACACCGAGCGAACUGAUGUCACCAUCGACACUUCUACAGCGAAGCGGAGUGCAUCAGAGGAGACGUCCUACUGGUGGAUCGUCGGUCUGGUGCUUGCAGUGCUGGUCCUCGCGCUGGCAGGCAUGUUGGCCUAUUUAAAGGCAAAAGGAAGUACCUCAAAGCCAAGAAGCGAUCCAGAGGAGGCAACAGAGCUACACCCCGUCAAAGAGCAGACAGUGGACAAUAAAUUGAAUGCCAGCAGCCCUUUGAGUGUCGGCAGCACCAACGGACAAUCAGGCCUCCAGACCGGCUCUCCAUUAACCUGAGAACAAACACAAACACAACCUGGAAGCACCAAACUAACAAAAUACUAACCAAAGAAAAAAGCAUGCACACAGCUAAACACUGAACAGGAACUAAGAGCAUCACAGAAACAGGAUGAGACUUUUCUUUUUUUAAUAUGAUAUGAUUUAUCAUAUUUGGUUUGCUUUGGAUUUUAGAAAAACACUGCUUUUUGAAGUGCACCUAUAAUGUUCAUACAGCCUUAAUGAAGGGUUUGUGAUGGAGCAGCUUACAUUUAGCUCCAAUGGUUCUUUCAAGGAAACGAUUCGUCAUGAAGAACCUGAAAAUCUCUCGCUGAAUCUUGAAGCCAUUUUGAAGACAGAUACACCCUUAAAGGAACCAAGGACCUAAAUAAACCAGGGUGGUAUUUUAGUUCAGUCCCUAAAGAGGCUCAAGAAGCAGCAGUUUCCAAGGUUUGCUGUAAUGAGUGUCACGUGAUGUUUAAAAUCACAAAAUGCAGAUGCUCCACCAGCCACACGAAGGGUGCCAGUGGACAUUUCUUAAAAUGCCUACUGAUGUGAAGACAAACUUUUUUGUUUUUGUGCUGUUUUUAUUUGUCAGAUGAUAAAUUAAAAAGGGCCAUUAGAAAAACUCCAGGGGCCCAAGCAUUCUUCAUCUAAGCAGUUGUGUUAAAGAAAAAAAUGCCUUUAAAUGAAAUGUUGCACUUGUUUUAUAAACAAAAACUCUUACUUGACACAAUAUCCAAUGAAUGACAUGAGUCAGAUUCAAUUGGGUUUUGGUUUUGACUUGCUCGUGUAUGUGUGUGGUAUCAGCUGAAGUCAUAAACUAGUCAUGCAGCAGAUGAACCUUACCUGUGCUGACUGGAAAAAUAUGGUGAUUCAGUAAGUUUAUCAGGUGACAGAAAGUACAAAGGGACAACCAGAAGUGAAACUGCUCUAGUUGUACCUUUAUAAAUAAAGGUUAAAUGUAUGAAUUCAUAAAAACAUGGUCUUAAAAUUAUUAUGUACUCCACAAGAGAAUUUUUUUUUUUAUCUCUCUCCAUAGGAUGCGAGGAAAAAAAAUGACAGUGGGUUUUUUUUUUGUUCUUGACACAUCAUCCAGGCAAAACAUUUUUGUCACGUGGUGUCAGACAACUAUUGUGUGAUUGGUCAUAAAUUUGAAGUGGGUGUGGUCAAUGCAUAAAAGCAGAGGACUGCCCUGGAUUUCUGCACCUGAGUUUUUCAUGAAGUAUGGAAUGUUCUUACUAGAACUAAUAUUAUUCUUAAUUCUUGCCACUUGAAAAAACAAACAAAUUUCUCUGUUCUUGUGGAAUAUUUACUGGCCUUGUGUUUAACAAUGCAAGGGUUUGAUUGGUUACAGCAAAUCAAGACGUAAAAAAUGAGAAGAGUCGGAGCAAUUCAUGAACCCUUUUCCACCAACAUGAAUCUGGUGCUGCUUCAGGUCUGGUGCAUGUGCUGGUUCGUAGUUGUUGACCUUCAACAAACCACCAGAAAGGCACUGUCAUGCUGUACAGGUCAAUGGUCGAUGGCAAUGUUUGAAUGAAGCUAAUGUAGCUUUUGUUACAAAGCUGGCUAAUAUACAUAAUAAUUUUGGAAAUGCUAUUGUUUUUGUGUCAUAGUAGUUUUAUGAUUAUUUCACAUUUUUUCAGUGUAAAGAUUGACAUUUAUCAAGGUAAAGCUAAUUAAAUGUUUGCUCCAGCAUUUUGGUGAUGUUUGGUCCCAUUAGCUGCUAGCUAGCACCUAAAAGUUUAUGUCUGCAAUUAUUAACUGCACCAGGAACAACAUUAUAUCAGCAAGUCCUUUAUAAGUGUAUGUUUCAAUGCAAAAAGGCCAUUUGUCUCCUCCAUGGAGCCCUGCUUUUUUCUAUUUCAUGUCGGUCUUGAAACUGUGGUUUUCUUCAUUUCAUUAGAGACACAAGAUGCUACUACUGCUUCUUAUGGUGUGUAUGAUUAGUGAUGCAGGAUGAUGUCAGCUAUUGCUUUCUGAACUGUCAUUUUAAAGCUAGAAGUCCGUGAUUUAGCAGAACGUGUUUACUUUUUGGAGCCAGAGGUGACCAUAUUUGGACAACAGAGGCAAAACUAUGAAAGCCCAAAGGGUCAGAGCUCAGCUAAUGCUAAACACUAGCUUAAAACAGUAAAAAUUGAAGACUUUUAUUCAUCCUGAGAUCUGAUUAAUGGAGGAAUAUGUUAAAACUGAACACCAGAUCACAGGUUCUAAAUAAAACAGAUGUGACCAAAAUGACUCCUAGAAGAAAUGUGGUCUCAUAUUUUUGAAGGGAAGUUUAGUGUAAAUCUGUGGGAGCCACGCCUUUUCAGAGCCUCCUACAGUGGCCAUCAGCUGUAUUACAACUAUAAUAUACAUCCAGACUGGUUUCAUUUUUGAGCUGAAGUCAUUGACCCUUAGUCUGCUUUCUUUAUCUUAAUAAUAUUAAAAAUUUUUUACUUGUUUUUUUUGGUCCCUGUAACACGGUGGUGCAGCGCUACAUACUUAAGUUUAUGACUGUGCCAUGGCAAUAAAGUAAUUUCAGUGCCGUUUUCUUGGAUUUACAUAAUCAUAUUUUACAAUCUGUAGUCUUGUGAGCUCAGCUGAUGUGGGUAAAAUCAUAGUUUGAUUCAAGACAAGCAACUAAUAUGUGUUGUCUUUUGGUAUUUGGACAAACAUGAUUUUCUGCUGUGAUUAGUUUCAUGUUUCUGUCCCACACCUUUCUAUCCAAAGCAGAUGGAGAGGAUGAAUUCAUAUUUUGUAUUAUUUUUUUGUGUGAAAGGAAACCAAACAAACUUAAAAAAAAAAAAAAAAAAAAAAAAAAAU